GCACUCCUGCCUCAGCCUCAAGUGUUGGGGUGUCAGAGAUGAGCCACCUGCCCAGCUGUGCCAGAAGGUUCUUUCCCCACACCCCCGCAAUCUCCCUUGGGGCUUCCCCUACAGUCCCCCACAGAUGGUCACAGUCUUGGCUUGUCCCUAGAGGACAAAAGGAGGCAGGUGCAGACAGGGUGAGACCGGGUGGGUACCCCUCUGGCUUCUGAACACACUGUACCCAGGCCUGGCAACAAGCUGGGUAGCUGUAGGGAGGGGACCGGACGGCUGCAAGAUGGGAGCACGGUCGUCAAGCCCCCUGAAUAAACAGCGGCAGCAGCAGCUGAGGGGUGAGCAGAGGGGACCUGGGGGUCAGGUCAUGAUGCCCAGUGUGCAGAAGGCCACAUGCAUUUGGACUUCAGUGUGACUGUUCCAUGUCUGCAAGGUGUGAGCUUUUGUUGAAUCCAGAUUGAAAUGAAAUUCAAGUAGCCAAGUGUGGUGGGCACAGCCUGUCAUGCUGCACUCAGGGGGCUGAGGGAGGAGGGUCAGGAGGUCAAGGCCACCCUGGCAGGUAGCUGUGGGAACAGCCAAUGCAAAGGCCUAUUCUGUAAACUGACUCUACAAGUCCUAGACUUGAGUACUGCCUGAGCUUGCUGUGUGCCCUUGGGUGAGUGGACUCGCCUAUGGGCCUCAUUCUCAGAUCUGUACAGCAACAAUACAUGUUAAACGUGAAUGAAAAUGUUUUUUUUCUCGUGUGUGCGCGUAGGCUAGAGACUGACAUGGAGUGUCACCUUCAGUCCCUCUCCACCUUAUUGAGGCAGGGUUUCUUGCUUAACCUGGGUGCAUAAAUUCUGGCUAGCUUGACCAGCCAGCUUGCUGUGGGAACCCCAAAUUGCUGGGGUGUCCCAGCUGCAGCGUUUGCCUCUCUGUCCUUUCUGCCCAUGCAGGUCAGGUGGAUACAUUGUUGAUGACCUUCCUGCCCAUUUACCGCAGGCAGCUGGCCACUGCCCUGCUGACACAUAUCUCCCAAGAGCUGGGUUCCCAAGAGCCUGCCAGAUGCCAACUGUCCCGGAGCAAAAAGCUGCCCCGGGUUCGGGAGCACCAAGGACCCUUGAUCCAGCUUCGGGGUAACCCACCACAGUGGCACCCCAUAUUUUGUGUCCUGCGUGGAGAUGGCUGCCUGGAAUGGUUCAGCCACAAGGAGGAGUGUGAGUCUGGGGGCCGUCCCCUGGGCUCCUCAGCGCUGACGGGGUACACACUGUUCACUUCCCAGCAUGAAUACCUCCGCCUUUUGGACGAUUUGUGGCCACACUCCUUGGGAGACUGUGUAGAGGAAGUGUCUGCACGCCUGUUAGAGGAAUCGGUCAGCUUUCCCCUGCUCCUCCUUCACCCCUUCCGCGCUCACCUCUGCUUCUCCGUGGACACCAGGGAGGCGCAGCGCGCCUGGAGGCUCGCUCUGCAGGGAGGUAUCCGGCUUCGGGACACAGUCCUACAGCGCAGCCAGGCCCCGGCUGCCCGCGCCUUCCUGGACGCCGUGCGUGUCUACCAGCGGCGCCGGGGCUGUGACGAGGACUUGACGCUGGGCUCGGACGCGGAGGUCAGUGGCUUGAGGGGGCCCAAGGCUCUCCAACCCCCUGCCCGGCGCCCACCGCCCGGCGCCCACCGCCCUAUGCUGCAGGUGCUGAGUGCGGUGCUGCUACGGGAGCUGCUGCCCGCGCUGCGAGCCGAGACCCUGCGGGACCUGAAUGGUGCCGGCGGAGCCCGGGCCUGGGCGUGCACCGAGGUGCGGGGUGCGGGGUGCAGCGGGGCUUGCGGGUUGCGACGCCGAGGUGCGGGUUGUGGGGAGCUGCGGGAGGGAGGCCUUCCUUUGCCCUUCUCACGCAGCCGCCGUAGCCUUCCCGCCGCCCCGCAGCUCUGGGAUGCAGUGCACGCCGCCGUGCUGGCCCGGGCCUCCGCAGGGCUGCGCGCCUUCCAGCCGGAGAAGGACGAGCUGCUGGCGGCGCUAGAGAGGACGAUCCGCGCGGAUCUGGAACAGAUACUGCAGCAGCGCGCCAGGCUGGCAGGAAGGUUGGGAGAGGAGCUCCGGGGACCCCUGGAGAAGUGUCUGCGCGGGACGGUGGACGCGCAGCUACCACAGCUCACGCACACGCUGCUGAGCCCCGUGGGAGCUGCGCUGCAGGCCGUGCGCACUCUAUUCGUCCGCGGCGUGGACCGGCUGUCCCGCCAGCUCCUCGCGAACCCCUCCAGUCCGCGGCUGCGCAGGGAGGUGUACGGGUUUGGGGAGAUGCCGUGGAACCCGGAGCUGAUGCAGGCCUGCUACCUGGACGCGGAGCGCAGCCAGGACUGCCUCCGGCAGCUGGCCGAAUCCCUGGGCUUCCGUGGAACCAGAAGCCUGGUAUUCGGGGUGCAAGAUCUUGCACAGCAGCUCAUGGCAGAUGUGGUGGCCACCUUCCUGCAGCUGGCUGAUCAGUGUCUGACGGCAUCUCUAGACCGUGACCAGGCAGCCCAGCAGUUGGAGAAAGUCAGGGGCCGGGUGCUGAAGAAACUCACCUCAGACAGCCAGGCCUCGCAGCGGAGGUUUAUCCAGGACUGGCUGCUGCGUAUCCUGUCCCCCUUUGUGUGGAACCAGCUUGGGCUGAGUGAGAAAUCUGUCUGCAGGACAAGACUGGGCCUGAUGUGUCAGAGCAGCUGUGGGUGGAUCCUGGCUGAGACACUUGGGAGGCUGAAUGGCUGUGUGUGGGUCUUAGUCCAUUUCCAGUGCAGUAACAGAAUUCGUAAGGAACAACCUGAAAUGGAUGGGGACCUCCUGGCCCUGGGCUGCCCUGUCCUGACCAGUGAGGGCAUCUAUGGGGAUGUCAUCAAGGACUUCCUGCUGCAGAAGAUUGACAGAGAACUGAAAGAGGCCCUUGGUGCCAGUGACAGAGCCUGCACUAUGGCUGACUUCUUGGGCUCUGUGGGACCAGGAAGGAGCUGAUACCUGGGUGACAUGCUCCCAAUCCCCACUUCACAGACUGGAAAACUGAAGCUCAGAUCUGAGAGAGACACUCCAGCCAGCCAAGGCAGCCCUUCAACCACAGCACUUCCAAGAACAUUUCAGAAGUCUUCAACCACACCCGUUCUCCUGGGCACCGGAUAAAGAUCUAGAGGGUGCCCUUCCAGAGUGAAGUGUUUCUGUUUUUGUAAGGCUGUAUGAUUAAGAAAGUGUAUCAAUUUAAUAUUCUUACCUGAAUUUGUGCAUUUCCUACAAACCUUAACAGACAGUAAGCUUUGCGUCCAAAAAGAAAACGGGCUGGAGAGAUGGCUCAGCGGUUAAGAACACCAGUUGUUCUUGCAGAAGACCCAGGUUCGAAUCCCAACACCCACAUGGCAGCUAACAACUGUCCGUAACUCCAG